GUGAUGUGUUUGGAGGAGGGACUCCUUAGUUCGAUUAUUUAAAGAAGUCAGAAGUUCCUGGUUUGUUGUUGAAGAAGGAAGAGAGGCAGCGUUAAACCAUCAGAGCCUCAGACAUGAAAGUCCAUCACACUCUGAUCUUCUUCUUCUUCUUCUUCGCACUGCAGGAUGGAAACACUGGUGUCAUCAGAGCAGAAAUCCCAGUUUUUAAAAGAGCUGAGGGAGAAACCAUCACAGUUAAAUGCCAUUUUUCUACCACUGCAAGAAAGAAGUACUUCUGUAAGGACGAAUGUAAAAACAAGGACAUUCUCAUUAAAACAGAUAAGAACCAAGAUCAGAGCGGCAGAUACAACAUCAGCUUUGAAGACAAACCAACUGGUGGAGGAGUUCUGUCUGUGACCAUCAAACAGCUGAUCAAGUCUGACUCAGGACUUUAUGGUUGUGGUUUGGACAUAGCUCUCUCAAUAGACCCAUACUCAGAGUUUAGGAUUAUUGUCACAAAUGCUCCAUCCACUUCAAAACCAACCUGGACUCUCCGACCAGUUUUAACAUCAGCGCCAACAACAGCUCAGAGUUUCAGAACAAGCUCCACAUUUUCAGCCUCCUCCUCUCAAACGACCAACCAGUCUGAGCAGCAGCAGACUGAGACAACAGCUGGAGCUUCAGGCACAGAUGUGCUGCUGUACGUGGGUCUGACUUUAGCUGUCACAGUGAUCCUGCUCUUACUGGGUCUGCUGAUACUUUGCAGGAAAAGAGCCAAUAAAACACAAGAACCUCCUGCAGACACAGUGUACGCUAAUGUCUCAGUGGCUAACCGAGUGUAUGAGGAGAUCAGAGAGGAGGACAGACGGGGCAGAUCUCCUCCUGUGGAAGUGUCUAUAGUUUAUACUCAGGCCAAAUACUCCAAAGCAAACAGAGCUGAAACCACAGACGACUACAGCCUGGUCGCGGCCACAGCGUCCAGUGCUGGGAACAAAGCUGAAGACGACUCGAGUCAACUCGCCUACUCUGAGGUGGUUUUCUCCAAACGUCCUGUCAGCUCCUUUCACGGCGCUCCCUGUGGUGCUGCUGAGGAUGUCGUCUACUCCGUGCCUCGGGUAGGAGAGAGCUGGGAUGGCAGCUGAGCUGCAGCAGCUUUACCUCCUCUGUACUCUGUUACUUUACCUCUGCAGUAACUUCAUCGCUGCAGGUGAGCAGGAGCUGUGUGUGUUCUUCAGGUUUGUCAUGUGACGUCCUACGAUGAGGGCGAGCACCAAAGGUUGAAGAAUGUUAAAAAAAAAAAGAGGAAGUAGUGGAAGUAUGUGCACUUUUCUCUACUUAAUUUCAGUUAAUAUGGCUGAAUGUUAGAGCUUCUGUGUGUGUGUUUUUAAAUCAUACUAUUGUACUGUUUUCCAAAAGUUUUCUGUUUUUAAAUAAAAUUAUUAAAUCAAAAUA